GUAUUUAUUUAAACACAACCACCGAUAGCUGCAAGCCAAACACAGGUCCGAUAUAUUGAGCGGACCUGGGCGACUUUUUAAUUUGAGUGCACUUUUCUGCUUUUGGAGAGGAUGUUUUUGUCUCUUCUUCUCACACCUGGAACAAAGAAGCAGUGAGAGCUUUUUUUUUUUUUUCUUUGGUUGCUGUUUUUUGCUGCUCACUUUUUAGAAGCAGCAUAAAGGACCAAGUCAUUUCUUUUUACUUUUUAACGUUGAAUGAAGGCCGAUGGAAUAUGCGCUUCUCGCCCCACUAUCGGACUUGAUAUUUGCGUAGCUUGUGACGUGAGGCACCACCUGUGUCACCGGCAGUUGACGAUACGUUACAGUUAAAGCCGCAGAGGGGAUUUUGCACCUUUUACGCACCCAUACGGACAAUCUUUACGCACAAGCAAAACCUUAGCUGCUGUUGUAUUGUUUUGAAUUCCUUACAUUUUUUUGCCAAACCUCAUGGUCACAGACCACUGACAGCGCAACUACAAUCAACUUCCCCAUUCAGAGAAAGGACUCCACGUUUCAGUGAACGUGGUUUUUUUUUUUACGCUCAAAGGUGACUGAGCGCUCUGCCGGCAUCAGGUGCUGUGAGAAAGACAAAGAUAGAAACACAACCGAAAUAAAACAAGUGAAGUCCAGCCAUCACGAUGACAGACGGUGCCAGACAGCGUAGCAGCACGUCGGGGUCUGCAAAGGAUGCUGCCGACGGGGAGAAGGAGUCUGGAGGAGGAGGUGUUGCGCUCAAGAAGGAGAUCGGGCUCGUAAGCGCCUGUGGUAUUAUUGUUGGUAACAUCAUCGGCUCAGGUAUCUUCGUCAGUCCGAAGGGGGUGCUGGAGAAUGCCAGCUCUGUGGGCGUGGCCCUGAUUGUCUGGAUCGUCACAGGUGUCAUCACUGCCAUCGGAGCGCUGUGCUACGCUGAGCUGGGUGUCACCAUCCCCAAGUCUGGGGGUGACUACUCUUAUGUCAAGGACAUCUUUGGUGGGCUGGCAGGGUUCCUUCGUCUCUGGAUCGCCGUGUUGGUGAUCUACCCAACCAACCAGGCCGUGAUCGCGCUGACCUUUUCCAACUACGUUCUGCAGCCUCUGUUCCCGACCUGCUUCCCGCCGGAGAGCGGCCUGCGUCUGCUGGCUGCUGUCUGCCUCUUGCUGCUGACAUGGGUGAACUGCUCCAGUGUGAGGUGGGCGACCAGGGUGCAGGACAUUUUCACCGCCGGCAAGCUCCUGGCCCUCGCCCUCAUCAUCAUCAUGGGCUUUGUGCAGAUCUGCAAAGGAGAGUACUACUGGUUGGAGCCGGCCAAUGCCUUUGAGCCCUUCCAGGACUACGAUGUGGGUUUGAUAGCCUUAGCCUUCCUACAAGGCUCCUUUGCCUACGGAGGGUGGAACUUCCUGAACUACGUCACAGAGGAGCUGGUGGACCCCUACGUGAACCUCCCUCGUGCCAUCUACAUCUCCAUCCCCCUCGUCACCUUCGUUUACGUCUUCGCCAACAUCGCUUACGUCACGGCCAUGAGUCCUCAGGAGCUGCUCGCCUCCAAUGCUGUUGCCGUGACGUUUGGUCAGAAGCUGCUGGGAGUCAUGUCGUGGAUCAUGCCCAUCUCUGUGGCUCUCUCCACCUUCGGAGGAGUCAACGGUUCCCUCUUCACCUCCUCACGAUUGUUCUUUGCUGGAGCCAGAGAGGGCCACCUGCCCAGCCUGCUGGCCAUGAUUCACGUCAAACGCUGCACGCCCAUCCCUGCUCUUCUCUUCACUUGCCUGUCCACCCUGCUCAUGCUGUGCACCAGCGACAUGUACACUCUCAUCAACUACGUGGGCUUCAUCAACUACCUCUUCUAUGGAGUCACUGUCGCCGGGCAGAUCGUGCUGCGCAUCAAACAGCCCGAUAUGCACCGACCAAUCAAGAUCAGCCUGAUUUGGCCGGUUAUUUACCUCAUCUUCUGGGCCUUCCUGCUUAUCUUCUCCCUUUACUCCGAACCCGUGGUGUGUGGCAUCGGCCUGGCCAUCAUGCUGACCGGCGUUCCCGUUUAUUUCCUGGGAGUCUACUGGGACAACAAGCCACAUUGCUUCGAUGCCUUUGUUGAUAAGAUGACGUACCUGGGCCAGAAGUUCUGUGUGGUGGUUUACCCCGCCAUGGGAAGUAGCAGUGAAAGCGCAGAGGAAGGAGAGGAAAUGAAGGAAGCAAGGUCUCCUCUGUCCAAGGAGGACGGAGAAAACCAUAAAUCAGCGGACUGCUAAAACGCACAUCUUUUCACCCCCCCCCCCCCCCCCCCAAAAAAAAAAAAAAAGAAAACAGCCAUGUGUGGUCGCACCUGUUUGGCGCGCACACUCAAAACACACCUGCAAACAUAUCAAAGUGGAUUUGCUGAUCAACACCUGUGCACCCAAACUUUGUCUCUGAUGUUUUUAUUUAGAUCUGAGCCUUUUAUCAAUCAUCUUCUGUGCCAAAUAUUUAGCGUGAGAUGUUUAGAGUAAUAGGACCUUGAAAUGUUUUUUUAUUUGAGGUCUUUCGAGUUUGCGACGAAAAGGGCAGCAGCUUCAAAGAUCCUCGAACAUGCUAAAACAAACACAUUUGACCAUUUACUCUUCAUCAUCAUCGUCGUCAUAAUCCCUCUCCUGCCACACAUUCCCUGCACACUCCUGCUGUAAGAGCGUCAACUUUUUUUAGUAUUAUUUUUAUUUUUAUUUUUAUUAAAGGACUCUUACUGUGAUGGCUGCGCAAACAUUUUUUUUCUCCUUUUUUUUUUUUUUUUCAUUCGUUGUUGUUGUAAAACGUUUCAUCCAUUCAACACCAAAGCUGUAUUUUGAUUGGUCGAGGCAGAGAAUCACAUCCAGAUCAAGUCAUUUCAUGUCCUUGAAGCACACUUAAGAGUGUGUUUUGUUUUGACCGUGACUGUGAUUCCGAAAUGUUCCUCUUUUUUUUAUAUAUAUAAAUACAUAAUUGUCAUAAUUGUUUAUAUCAUUUGCCUUUGGUGUUAUUUUAGUUUUUAAAUAUGUUAAUUCUAAUUUUGUUGAUAUUUUUUUUUCUAUUCAAUAUCAUUUACAUCUGGGCAUUUUUUUUUUUUUUUUUUUUUUUAUUCUUGCAACCCACAGAGGUGUACACCUGAAGCGGAUGUGUGAUCUGAGCUUUGUAUCUCUGGAAGGUGCACAGUCUCAUUGUUAAUUGCCUUAAUUAGAAUACUUUCUGUAUUUUGGUGCUGUGGCAGCUCUGUCUUGUCUUGCGUGGAGCAAAGUCCUUGUACUUUUGAAGCAGUUUUUAAUGUUUAUGGAAGCAACAAAAAAAAAAAAGUGUGUGUUUUUAUUGCAAACUUUGAGUUAUGGAUACUUGUAAGGACACUACACUUGAGCAAACGGUUUGAACUGCAAGAACAUAAAUGACUAUAGAGAGGAUAAAAUCGGCAAGACGUGACAGAUUUCACCACAUUUGCAUUGAAAAAGUGCAAACCCCUGCACCGACAUGUGUGAAUGCCUGUGUGAGUAACAGUUGUGUAUCUUGCCAUCUAGCUGUGUUUGAUUUUUUUUUUUUUUUCACUAAUUUAGGAAAAAAAAUAGAGCUUUACUUUUAAAGAAAAAAAAAAGUUUAUUCAUCAAUUUCACAAGAAGAGAUUUUAGUGCAAUGUUAGUAGAGGCACCAGCAAGAAAAACUGAACAUGCACCCAUGAAUGAAUCCAUUGUGUCAUCUGUUUAAAGUAAUGUAUCUACAUCAUGUAUGCUGUAUGUGGUCAUAACAGCACUCCUGCACACACACACACACACUGUGUACUCUUGUGUCUUUCUAUAAUCUCAGGGUGUCUCAGGGCAUCCCCACUGCCUUCUCCUGACACACACUACCUUAAACCUCUGGGCAAUGAAAACUCAACUCAUCCGACUGAUUUGCCUCUCUGCUAAAAGUCUGUAGGCGGUGCGUUUACAGAUUUAUUUCCUCAGGAGACUCGAUACAAGAAGCUAGCCCCUGAUAAUCUUUAAGAAAGUAUCAUGAAGAAAGGCCAGUAUUGUUUAGGUUUCUCUUGUCAAACGUUAAGGAGAACAGGGUGUCUUGGAUGUCUUAUGAGUACAGUGAUUGUUUAUUUGUGCCUGUAAGGUUAUUGUGUAGAUACUCACAUCAUGACAGACUGUAUUUUGUCUCACAGUUAAUAAAAACCACUGACUAAUGUUUGCAUCUGUACUUCAGGGCCUCAUUCAAAUAUAUAUUUAAAACAAG